AGUCCGGCGCUGCUGCAAUUUGUAUUAAAACCUCAGCCUCUUUCUAUGGAAUCCUUAGCGACUCCAGACUCCCACCAGCGCGCGCCCCCUCUGCUGUACUACAGUCUCCACCAUUAGCUGCCUCUUGCCUCCGGACACUUCAUAAAGAACACCCACCACAGAUAAUUUCAUUUGCGCUACUUGGAGCUUUUGACAGGUUAGUGAAAUUUAACGCUUAACAUCUGAGAAAGUACGUGCGUAAAACAUGGACAUGUUAUCUUAUUAGAUUCCUUAUCAUCAUAUCGCAGGUGGUCCUUAUGCGUAAUCUCUGCUUGUAUGUAUACCUAUUCUGUAGUUAGACGACAUGUCCCAAUGAUUAUUGUAGCCUAUUGUAAAUAUACAUGUUAAAUGUAAUGAUUAUUCUCAUGCGUAAAGGUUACUGUUUUUAUUUUUUCUGUUUUACGCAAUGGCUUGGCUACCGCAAUAUCCAUGAAAUAUCCAUUUGCAUUCUGAUAUAUCUUCAUCUGAUUUGUCUAUUGAAUUAGGUCAUGUGGACUAUAUUUUCAAUAUAAAAACACGAUAAAAAAAAUCAAUAUGGUCAUUAAAGGCAAUGUUUAAUGUUUCUAUUCCUCUUAAAUCGUAAAUUGCGGAAUGUUUCGUGAGGACAAAAAACAGGCGAGAAAGCACAUGCGUUCAUUAUGCAGGGUAAACCUGGGCUGUCGUUUACAACAACAGCGUUGAAAUGAUGCUAUGGAUAAUCUCUCGUGGAUAGAUAUCUAUGCGUUAACCAGUUUACCAAAUUACCCGAGAUUUUAGUAACCGAGAUUAGGCUAUGGAUGAUAAUUCAACCUUCAUUUAUCUUUCCCCCUCAAGGAUGGCCAGAUCGGCGUAUAUCAUCUGUGGCAUGGUUUUCAUCCUGGGGCUGCUCUCAUAUACAGUGGCUUCCAAAAGGAACAGGGGCUCCCAAGGCGCCAUCCCUCAUCCUGACAAAAACAACCCAAAUGAAUCGGAGCAGCAACCACAGACACCGCAGGCGGGCUCUGGUUCCCGACGGCGGGAAAAGAGCUCUGCUGCACCGGCUGAGGAGGUGCUGGAGUCCAGCCAAGAAGCGUUGCAUGUCACGGAGCGCCGCUAUCUGAAACGCGAUUGGUGCAAGACCCAGCCACUCAAACAGACCAUCCACGAGGAGGGCUGCAUCAGCCGCACCAUCAUUAACCGGUUCUGCUAUGGACAGUGUAAUUCUUUUUACAUCCCCAGACAUGUCCGCAGGGAAGAGGGAGCCUUUCAGUCUUGUUCGUUCUGCAAGCCGAAACGAUUUACUACCAUGACUUUCACUUUGAACUGUCCGGACCAGCAGCCGUCCACCAAGAAGAAGCGCAUCCAGCGCGUAAAGCAGUGCCGCUGCAUCUCCAUAGACUUGGACUAGCCCUGUGAUUGGCUGGGAUGCGGCCAAUUAGUCUACUCAUCAAACAAUUUUAUUGGAUUGUUCACAUGAAGGAUAAUCACCGUAUGACUUGGAGCAUGUUUCCCUAUUCCAAAUAUGAGAAAAAUGUCUAUCUGCAAGGAACGUAAGAUCAGAUAGACAUGUGCAGCAUGUUCUAGGCUUCUGUAGAUAUGCUUGGACAUAUUCUUAUGCGUAUAAUUUCCUAUUAAUCAAAUUGCAAUAGCAGCCUGUGGCAAGCAACGUUGCAUGGUAUAAUGACAUGGAAUGAACACAACAAGCAGCUGAUUGACUUGUAACCAAGCGCACGGCUUUUCCAACCUCCGCAAAUAGGACUGCAGAACCUUUUCACACAAUGUUUUUACACUAUUUUGGAUAGAAACAGCAAUAGGCUAUCAAAACCAAUUUCAAUGGGGGAAAUAUGAUGGAUAAUUCGUUUAUAUAAUUAAUGGUUGAUUACUAGAUAGUUUCCACUAUGUGGAAUUUGAAGAAAAGUAACGACUAUUUAAUGUGGCAAGAAUGCUCCACUGAUUUCUGUGACUCCAAUGUUCAGUAUUAUAGUGGAGAAAGGAGAGCUUUUGUAAAGUAGGCUAGGACCAACAGGUUCGAUGCUAUAAAUCGAAACAAACAAAAUAUCUGUGUUAGUUGGACAUGGAAAUGAAAAUGUUCGAUGUAGGCCUACAUACUUGUU